AAGAAAUCGCUGCUUGUAAAGAAGCGGCGACCUCUUUGUCCGUACAAGCAAGCUACCCAGAAGAAUAAAUGGCGCUGAUGGGGAUUCAGCUUGUGGUCAGUUUGCUGACCGCUAGCAUCAUGCAGAGGAUGGCGCCCCAUUGCUCGUUUGCACGUUGGCUACUCUGCAAUGGCAGUCUGUUCCGGUUCAAGCACCCAUCCGAGGGAGAGCUGUGUGCCUUGGCUGGGAAACAGAUGCCCAAAACCAACAGGAGAGACAGGAGACAAAAUGGAGAAAACAAACCUCUCACUGUGCCAAAAGACAUCGACCUCCACUUGGAAAAAGCACCAGUCAACGCCAUGGAUGCCCUCGUGUUGCGUUUCUUCCUGGAGUACCAGUGGUUGGUGGACUUUUCUGUUUACGCCAUCGGCGUCUUCCUUUUCACAGAGUGUUACUGCAGUGUGGUGGACGCCAGCAAGGAGGUAAACAUCGGCGCCAUCUGGUGUGUCCUCACUGUUAUGUUUGCACUGAAAGCUCUCCACACGCUGAUGAGACACUACUUUCGCUCCGAGGAGGGCGGAGAGCGUUCGGUGUGCCUUGCGUUCGGCUUCCUCUCCCUGCUUGUGGCCAUGCUGGUGCUGGUGGUCCGAGAGGACUACCUGGAGUUCGGCUUGGAGUCGGGAUUUGCCAGCCUCUUUGACAACUUGGAGGUGUUUGCCAAACAGCAGGGCUAUGCGGACUGGUCGGUGCCUGUGACCAAGUUAACAGUCAAGCUCGGCCUGGCCGCCAUCUGCGCGUACAUCGGCUCUUUAAUGGCGUUCCCUGGGCUGCGUCUGGCUCAGACUCACCUGGAUGCAGUGCAGAUGAACUCGGAACGCCCCCUCAUCCAGAUUCUGCUGCACAUGAGCUUCCUAUCUCCGGUGGUGGUGGUGAUCCUGUGGGUCAAACCCAUCGCCAGGGACUUCCUCGCUAACGCGCCGCUGGGGAAAACAUCCGUCACGCUGGUAUCCAGCGAGGUCUUCGACAGCAUGCGCUUGUGGAUCAUUGUGAUGUUGUGCCUCCUGCGGCUAGCGCUCACACGCUACCACCUGCAGGCCUACCUCAACAUUGCCCAAAAGUGGGUGGAGCAGAUGAAGAAGGAGGCCGGUCGUAUCGCCGCCAUUGAUAUUCAGAGGAAGGUUACACGUGUGUUUUGCUACCUGACUGUAGUGACUCUCCAAUAUUUGGUUCCGGUUCUGCUGAUCCUCUUUUCCACGCUUGCUCUCAAGGCAUUAGGUGGAUUCUCCUGGAGCGGUGCAUCCACAACCGACACCCUGGGAGUGACACCCGCCUUGCUGAUGCCCACAGCAGUGCCCACAACCAGUCUGGAUGAGGACGAGGACCCUUUAGAGGACAUGGAGGAGGACAUCCAGGCCACGGUGGCGCGACUGACUGAGAUGUUGAGCACGCUGCGCACGGUCCUCACACCACUCUUCUUCAGGGGCUUCUUUGCCUUUCUCACCUGGUGGGUGGCGGCCUGUCAGGUGAUCAGCUCGCUCUUCGGCAUCUAUUUCCACCAGUACCUCAUGCACAACUAGGACAGAAGCGCAGUGGACGUUGUCAACAAACCACCAGAGCAGGCUUCUGGUAUGGAAACAACACCUCAUCUUCCACAUGUUCAUGCAACUUUUCUCACUUCUGUCUGCUGCUUUUAAUGCAAAGAAGACGACUCAGUGGCGCCUCCUUAUGACACUGAUGCUGCAGUCCAGAAAAGUGGGCAAAGAGUAUUGGAACACUGCUUAUCUUUUGUGUGGUAAAAUUUAACAUAUAAGGUUUGUGACAUAGUUGAAGUUAGCUUUGAUGCCAGCCACUUUUGUUUUGUUUUGUUUACAUUUGAGAUCAGAUCUCUUCAGUUUCAAAUAUAUUCCGACUUCCAAGCAGUCAGGGAUGAAACAAGCAAUUUGAAGGUUGAAUUACUUCACUUUUUAAUGCUUUAGUGCUCCACCAGGCAUUUUCCUCCAGGACUCGUUGUCAAUCAAAGCUGGAACUGAAUUGAUUGGUUGGAUGCUUAAUGCCCUUGAGUGUUAAAGAUUUGAUGCAUUUAUCUCUUUUUUUAGUAGUGCAAAAGCAAUCCCAUAAAGCAGGGGUGUCCAAAGUGUUGCUGACCCUGAGUUCAUAUCUUAAUUCGAAAAAAGAGCAAAAAUUUGAAAUUUAAUGAGAAAAUUAUACUACUCAUACCACAAAACAGACGUGAAACAUUUUUUUAAGCGUAGUGUCUAUCUACAUGGGUUUUAGUCCUGUUUAUGAAAUUAAAUAUUUAAGGAUGGCUCCUGAAUACUUCAGAUAUUCAGUACGUUGGCACCCCUGCCUUAAAUGGAUGGUUUUCAAACUUAUUUACACAGAGUACAACCUAAAAAAAACACGUGGUUCCCAAGUACCACUAGAUGGAGCCUUUGUACCACCGGUGGUGCUUGGACUACAAUUUGAGAAUCAUUUCCUGAGCUGAGGUCAAUGCAUGUGCUGCUCAGUCUGCAUGGCAAUAGUCUUCUCUGUAAGGCAACAUAGUUGUCUAACUUUCUAUUUAGAUACUUUUGGUUGCCAUGAGGAGGUCAAAGGUCAUAUGCAUGCAUGUUUUCUGUCACAACUUCACAGCUUUAAGCCAUGGGGACUUUUUAGAGGGUGGUCCCUGUUAGUAAAGAACCGAUUCAAGAGUGCUAUUUAUAAAGUUUUUUUUUUUUUUAAGUUGUGGUUUUAACACUUUUAAAUGUUUCAGCUCGAAUUCCCAAGUGCCUGCAAACUCAGGGAUUUUCAGUCAAUGAAAGAGAGUGAUUUACUCCAUUUUUGGCAGUAUUUUACAUAUUGAAGGAGAUUAAGUCUCGACUCUAUGGCAACGUUUUUACCUAGAGCACCUUAAAUGUGUGUUUUUGAUUCAGUGCGGACACUUGGACUUUCUUUCAUCCGACCGGGAACUUAAAUUGAAAGUUGCUUGUUUAUAUCUAGCUUGUGUUUUCUGAAUGGAAAUGCUCCAAUUAUCUUCAAUGCUGUGAAUUGCAAUGUUUGCAUGGUGUGUAUUUUAUUGUAUAGAUUGGGCUUUUACUUGUACUUUUGUCUGACUUAAUAAACAAAAAUAUUUUCAUUUA